ACUACCAGUGAUCUUUUCAUAAAGUUCUAACUUCUGUAGUAUGAAUGUUCAGGUUCGUUUGAUAUUAGUAUGAACUUUUUUUUGCUAGCGUGAGUUAAAUAUUGGUCUCUGUGAUUAGCUAGCCACAAAAUGGUAUAUAGAGAUCAUAUUUAUACUUAUUCAUAGAUACAUGAAAGCAUUAAACAGCUUACAGAUAGUCAAAUAGACAGCCUAUUGUAUGACUUGUCUAUUUAACUGUCUGUGUGUCAGAUUCCAAUAAUUUAUAGACAACCCCUUGUCUAUGGGUUGUACAUGCCCUUAAGAACCCAUUUUUGGAGCACACGUUCAUCAAUUAACAAAUUUUCUUCUAGAAAAUGAACAUCCUGGCUUCAUGUACUAACUUCUACUAUAUUCUUUUGAUUGGUAUAUACGGUCCGAGUGGAAUUUAACUGAAAUCACCCCAAUGCAGUACAGUAGUAGUAGGUUAAAAUAAUAAAAUCCUGUAGCAGGCAGCGGACCAUCACUGAUCAAACGGGUUGGCACGGACCAGCGAGACCGACAAGUCCACGCUACUUCAGUCUCCCUCUCCCAGCGUCCCACUUCCAUGUCAGUCGGCAGGUUUGGAGUAUCAUCUCCUGUACCAUCGUCGAAACCCGGUUAAGACGUCAAGUCCACGGGACCUAUAAGUCACCGCUCACAAUAAACCAAACGCGUGCCCAAUUGGAGCUUAACAAAACAGCCAGAUGAGCGUGAACCCACCUUGGCUUCUCGCCGCCAUGGCUGCUCACCUACCAGUACCACCACGUCUCCCCGUCCUCCUCCUCUUCGUCUUCCUCGCCGUCCAUGUCCAUCUCCCCGCCUCCCAUGCCGUCUCUCCUUCGCUCCCGACCACCUAUGACGGUUCGAUUUGCUCGAAAUCGUCCAUGUGCGGCGGCGUCAAUAUCAGCUAUCCCUUCUACCUCUCCGACGCGACCAGAGAGAUCGCUGAUUACGGAUACAACUACUCCUGCGGCUACACCGACCUGAAGAUUUCCUGCCAAGGCGAGUGGCCGACCGAGACCGCGGUCAUCAGUCUCGGCGGAGAGAACUACACCGUUCAGCACAUCUUCUACGACACCCGCACCAUCAUUCUGGCAGACAGCGACGUGCUCACCGGCGGCAGCUGCCCUGCACUCCGCCACAACGUCAGCUUCGAUGAGUUGUGGCUGUACAACAGCAGCACCUUCCACAAUCUCACCUUCUUCUUCGGCUGUGACACCGUGCCGUUUGGAUUGGAGGAAUACAAAAUCAAAUGCCCGGGGUUCAAGGGUCCACCAGAUGCUGGCAAAGGAGACUCCUUUGUGCUCGUAACUGACGAGCAUGCCAUGAAUCUGGAGCAAGAAUUGGCAAGGAACUGCAACAUGAUUGUCACCGUGCCAGCGAGAGCCGAUGUUCUGAUAGCAGCAAGUAGCCAGGAAAAUUUCACAAGCGGCGGAUACGGAGACGUGCUCAAGCGUGGGUUCGAGUUGGGAUGGAGCCCUCUCACAGAGGAUGGGUGUAACCAGUGCGAGGAGUCGAACGGGCAAUGCUCCUAUGGCGAGUACAGGGAAUUCCUGGGCUGCUUGUGCAACGGAGGGAAGGUGCGCAAACGGGACUGCGAACCUGCAUCAAGAUUAAAAGGGGAAAAGGCAAUUAUUGCUGGUGUUGUUUCAGGCACGUUACUAGUAAUUCUUAUAUUCUUCCUAGCUUGUAAAUAUGGUUGGCUGCCCCUCAAAUCGAAGGGCGAACCAAGUAUCGAGUCCUUUCUACGAAAGAACGGGAACCUACAUCCGAAAAGAUACACUUAUACAGAUGUGAAAAGAAUGACAAAAUCCUUUGCUACGAAGCUAGGCCAAGGUGGAUUUGGUGCCGUAUAUAGAGGCAACCUCUACGAUGGCCGCCAGGUAGCAGUUAAGAUGCUAAAGGACACCAAAGGUGAUGGUGAGGAAUUUAUGAAUGAGGUGUCUAGUAUUAGCAGAACUUCUCAUGUCAAUGUUGUGACACUAUUAGGAUUUUGCUUGCAAGGAUCUAAAAGGGCACUUAUUUACGAGUACAUGCCUAAUGGUUCGCUUGAAAGGUAUGCCUUUAACAGCAACAUGAACAGUGAAAAUUCACUAAGUUGGGAGAAACUAUUUGACAUAGCAAUUGGCACAGCCAGAGGACUUGAGUAUCUCCACCGAGGAUGCAAUACUCGAAUUGUGCAUUUUGAUAUCAAACCGCACAACAUUCUAUUGGAUCAGGAUUUCUGCCCUAAGAUCUCUGACUUUGGAUUGGCCAAGCUGUGCCUGAAUAAAGAGAGUGCUAUCUCUAUUGCUGGUGCAAGAGGGACAAUAGGUUAUAUUGCCCCAGAGGUCUACUCAAAGCAAUUCGGACUAGUGAGUAGCAAGUCUGAUGUCUAUAGUUAUGGAAUGAUGGUCCUUGAGAUGGUUGGGGCAAGGGACAAGAAUAAUACAAGUGCAAGUGUUGAGUCUAGUAGCCAAUAUUUCCCUCAAUGGCUUUAUGAACACUUAGAUGAAUAUUGCAUCAGUGCUUCUGAGAUUAAUGGCGAGACUACUGAGCUCGUGAGAAAGAUGAUAGUUGUAGGUUUGUGGUGCAUACAAGUGAUUCCAACUGAUCGGCCAACAAUGACUAGAGUCGUCGAGAUGCUGGAGGGAGGCACAAGUAAUCUGGAAUUGCCGCCCAAAGUUCUCUUGAGCUGACAAGCAUAGAUAUUUUCCUACUAAUAAAUGUUGCUAGCGUUAGCAGGUUGUACAAAUGCAAAUAUUUGUUAUAUACUAUGCAGAACUAAGGGCGUGUACCGAAUGCUAUUUUUGUCCUGUAAACAUAGAUGUAAUUAAUAACUACAUAGGAAUUUCUGGACACAAACGCAAAUAUUUGUUAUGUAAUACCGACUGAUAUUUUUGUCCUGUAUAAACAUAGAUGUAAUAACUA